AUGGCGUACUCGGAAAGGAGGCUCCGCAUAGGCUACGCGCUGGCGCACAAGAAGAGGAACAGCUUCAUCCGGCCGUCUCUGGUGGAGCUCGCGCGCGAGCGCGGCAUCGACCUCGUUGCGAUCGAUGAGGGAAGGCCGCUCGCCGAUCACGGCCCCUUCCAUUGCAUCCUCCACAAGCGGUACGGGGAGUCGUGGAAGGCGCAGCUGCGGCAGUACGAGGUGAGGAACCCUGGCGUCCUCAUCAUCGACCACCCCGAGGCGAUCGCGCGGCUCCACAACCGCAUUUCCAUGCUCCAGGUCGUUUCGGAGCUCGAGAGCCCUCCGGACAAGGAGACCUUCGGGAUCCCCAAGCAGAUCGUGAUCUACGACAGCGUCUCGCUUUCCGACUCUGCUACCUUCAGCGCGCUGCGUUUCCCUGUGAUCGCGAAGCCGCUGGUGGCCGACGGGAGCGCCAAGUCCCACAAGAUGGCCCUCGUGUACCACCCCGCUGGCCUUGCCAAGCAGAAGCCCCCGGUUGUGCUUCAAGAAUUUGUCAACCACGGUGGGGUCAUAUUCAAGGUCUACGUCGUCGGAGACUACGUCAAGUGCGUGAAGCGAAAGUCACUUCCAGAUGUCACUCGGGAGAAGUUGGAGUCCUCGGAGGAGUCGGUCUCCUUCUCCCAGGUCUCCAACCUGACCUCUGUUGAAGACAGAGAGGUAAGGAAAUACUACGAGAAGAUGAACCUGGACGAGACCGAGAUGCCUCCACAGGAUUUCCUCACAAAGAUCGCCCGCGGCUUGAGGCAGGCGACGAAGCUGCAUCUCUUCAACUUUGACAUGAUCAAGGACACGAAUGUCGGGAACCGCUACCUUGUGAUCGACAUCAACUACUUCCCGGGGUACGCUAAGAUGCCAUCCUAUGAGUCCGUCUUCGCUGAUUUCCUCUGGGACGUAGUUCAGAAGAAAUGA